CUAUUUAAAGAGGGUCAUCCAGUCACGGAUAAAUAGCAGAAGGUCCUCUGCGUUGACUAACCGCCUCUAAAUGGUUUUCAUCCUGCACCGUGUCUCUGUUUGUGGCUUCUUAUUGUUUAUUAGUCCAGACUGAAGCCGCCUCACAGCUGUGACAGCCACACGUCGACCAUCAGUCCAGUACCAGCUCCUCUCCAAGGCACAUUCUCCUUCUUUCUUUCCUUUUUAUUCUUUAUCAUCGGGGGAAUACGUGAAAAUGGGUAAAGAUUACUACAAAACGUUGGGAAUCUCUAAAGGAGCCUCAGACGAUGAUAUUAAGAAAGCUUACAGAAAACAAGCCUUGAAAUGGCACCCGGACAAGAACAAGUCUGCAGCCGCUGAGGAGAAAUUUAAAGAAAUCGCUGAAGCAUAUGAAGUCCUCAGUGAUCCGAAGAAAAGGGAAGUUUAUGAUCAGUAUGGAGAGGAAGGUCUCAAGGGAGGAAGUGGGCCCACUGGUGAUGGACCAGGCAACACCUUCACCUACACCUUCCACGGGGACCCUCAUGCCACCUUCGCCACUUUUUUCGGGGGUUCAAACCCUUUCGAGAUGUUCUUUGGGCGUAAAGCAAACGGGCGAGACGACGACGACAUGGAGGUGGACGGGAACGACCCCUUCGGCUCCUUCACCAACUUCAACCUAAACGGAUUCCCUCGGGACGGGCACGUCGGCCUCGGAGGGCAGCAGCGCCGGAAGCAGGACCCGGCCAUCAUCCAUGAACUGAGGGUCUCCCUGGAGGAGGUCUUCCACGGCUGCACCAAGAGGAUGAAAAUCUCCCGCAAAAGGCUAAAUCCGGAUGGCAGGACCAUGCGCAAUGAGGAUAAGAUUCUCACUAUCGAGAUCAAGCGGGGCUGGAAAGAGGGAACCAAGAUCACGUUCCCGCGAGAGGGAGACGAGUCGCUGAAUACCAUUCCUGCUGAUAUUGUUUUCGUCAUCAAGGACAAGCCACACCCUCACUUUAGGCGGGAGGGCUCAAACAUUGUGUAUCCUGUGCGUGUGAGCUUACGACAGUCGUUGUGCGGAUGCUCGGUUACUGUGUCGACGAUAGACGGGAAGACGUGCAACAUGAAGAUCACGGAUGUCAUCAAGCCCGGCAUGAGAAAGACUGUCGCCGGACAGGGUCUCCCCUUACCCAAAAACCCAGAGCAGAGAGGAGACCUGGUGGUGGAGUUUGACGUGAACUUUCCUGAAACGUUGCCUGGAAAUGCCAAGGACGUCCUGAAACGGCAUUUACCUGCUUAGAAAGAGAGACUUAACGAAGGGAGAUAACAGCAUGACAGCGCUACCCCUCGUAACCAAACACACUCACACACACAAACACAAGGACGGUUCUGACAGUUCACAGAUGGACCCCCUCCUGUAGGACAAAUGUGCAAUUUCUAUUUUUGAGCUAUGUGGUGUUUUUAUGAAUACCAUGCAUGCUGCCAAGUGCAAUCAAGUUCAAGUGAAAGACUGUCUGGGUUGUUGCUAUCUGAAAGAAACACAUUUUAUACAUGUUCCCACAAUCACUUUAACUUUUUGUUUGUUGUUGGAAAGUAUUUGGUAGUGAGCAAGUCGCCAAAAAUAAUCCCAGUGAUCCUGGGAAACAAUGCAGUGCCAAUGUCCUUGCUCUCCUUUAGAUCUGACAGCUUCAUUAAUGACAUUUUUAACUGUCACUCAGUGUUGAUUUUGUCAUGUAGAGAAACAAGCCUCACUUUGGAGGCUGUCUUAAUAAUCUGUGUACAGGUAAUUCAAGAGGAAAGUGGCUGAAUGAACUGGAUCGUCAUGUGUGCAUUUUAGAGACUUAACAUGUGAAGAACUUGAAAUUUUAAAAUAAAUAUUUCCACAUGAA